UAACGUGUUUGCGCAAUAUUCUACUACCUCAACCAUCACGUCGGGGGUUACGACUACCUAUACGACUGUCUCUCAAUCUCCCACCAAUACUACUACGAAUAUGGUCACUCCAUCGCCGUCUGGGCAAUAUCCUACGCAAUCUGCAAAUGUUACUAGUUCACCAACAGAAAUUACUUCAUAUACUACUGUUACGGAGACUCCAUCGACCACAGAAACCAUAGUACUGACACCGACUGUUACGAAAACUAGCUACACUACGACUACCGUCACUCCAACCACCGUGACCACUACAGAGACCGCUAGCUAUAACGUCACCGAGACAAUUUACGUUACUAGCCCUACAACUACGACCUUAUACACAACCAUCACGACGAGCAAGACGGAAGGAGUUAGUACUGAAACUGCAUGGACGACAUCUGGAUGGUCCACCGUAACGGCAACCGAAACUGCUGGUCGCAAAUUGGUGGUGAGGAAGGAUGCUGAUAACGGCGGUGCCGCUGUGCACCACAGUCGGCAUGAGGCCGUGGUCAUCAGCUUGCUUACUACUAUCCUUUUGGCAUGUGUCGGUGCCAUGUUGGGUGCUUAG